AUGGCUGCCCAAGGAGAACCCCAAGUUCAGUUCAAACUUGUUUUGGUUGGUGAUGGUGGUACUGGAAAAACUACAUUUGUGAAGCGUCAUCUGACUGGUGAAUUUGAGAAGUGUGUAGCUCCCUUGGGUGUUGAGGUCCAUCCUCUUGUGUUCCAUACCAACAGAGGACCUAUUAAGUUCAGUGUAUGGGAUCCAGCCGGUCAGGAGAAGUUUGGUGGACUGAGAAAUGGCUAUUAUACACAAGCUCAGCGUGCCAUUAUAAUGUUUGAUGGAACAUCAGGAGUUACUUACAAGAAUGUGCCUAACUGGCGUAGAGAUCUGGUAUGA